UGUAUAUAUGAACCCUUCCUCGCCAAACAUCACUAAUAAUCUAUCUCCCCGAAAAUGGCUAACCCUAAGGUUUUCUUAGAUAUGACCGUCGACGAGAAACGGGCUGGUCGGAUCGUGAUGGAGCUCUUCGCUGACACGACCCCACGGACGGCGGAGAUUUUUCGGGCCCUCUGCACCGGCGAGAAAGGCAUCGGGAAGCUUGGUAAGCCACUUUACUACAAAGGAUCACGCAUCCACUCUGUGUCCCCCGGAUUGAUGUUAUGCGGAGGAGACAUCCUUCUCGGUGACGGAAGCGGAGGCGAGUCGAUCUAUGGCGGAACAUUCGAGGAUGAGAACUUCGAGAAGAAGCACACCGGCCGGGGUGUCCUUUCUAUGUCCAAUGGUGGUCAAGACACCAACGAUUCUAGGUUCAUGAUCUGUAUGAGGAAGUAUGUGGCACUUGACGGCGUGCACGUCGUGUUAGGCCAAGUUAUUGAAGGAAUGAAUGUGCUUGAGAACAUUAUGAAAGACGUCGAAACUCCUAGCCUGAAGCCUUCCAAGACUGUGGUGAUCGCCGACUGUGGUCAGAUUUCACAGAUUUGAGAGUUUUUUUUUAUCCUAUAACUACAAUGGUACGUAGUAGCAUGUUUGGUGUGGAGUGUUUUUGUUCUUUGUUUGGAAUUGAGUUUGGUGUGUUUUCUGUUCUUCGUUAGGAUUUGAGUUUGGUAUUUCCCUCAUGAUUAGGUUGGCUACCACUGAAUAAUGCUAAGCAUAAAACCAACAAUGAAUGGGAAGCAUAAACCUUAGCUA